UAGUGCACCACACGAUCUCUCCCGCGCCUGGCCACCGCCAUCCUCCUGCCCCGCCGCCACCAGGAACACGUGCAUCGCUCACCACUAGCCUUCCGAUGCUUCUCACUCCUUCACUUACUCUGACGCUGCCACUAAUACUGUAGAGAGAGAACACACACUGAAAUACUUCACACCUGGACUCAUUCACGCACACGUAUUUGAAAAAAACGCGUAUUUAUGCAUAUAUACUUGACAAUCGAGAAAUGAAACGCUCCCACUCUAAUUGAGUGCUCCUUGCAAAAACCGACAGUGAUUCUUGUAACAUGAGUUUGUUUACAUUUUGGUCUAUUCUCUCAUGAACGCCUGUCUGCGAGUGACGUCUGGAAAUACCCUCCCUGACACUUCAUUUCCGCUCCUGAGUGCUGGGGAAAUACUGAGCUCUUGACCCAAAUGAGCAAUCGUUGUGAGUGAAGUGAAAGGGUAAGACACAGACACAGCUUACACUGCACAUCCAAACAGUGAAUCAAGAAACAGCCAAACCACGCACGCGGAAGUAGAUGACCAUCUAUCACUAUCACUACAUUAUUCAGGAGCGCACCGGUGCACAUCAGUGCCAAGCAGCCCUCCCGGUACGCUGCGUGCAUUGUUAUGGUGCAUCGCUAAGGCCUUAGAGAGAGGGAGCGUGUGGCUAGUACAUGCUACGCGACCUCUACUCAAGGUCGUUAUUUGCCUUCACCUAGUAAACUACUUGGCUUCGUGCGGCCACAAAGACCGGUACCUGUUCUCUCUCUCUCUCUCUCUCUCUCUCUCUCUCUCUCUCUCUCUCUCUCUCUCUCUCUCUCUCUUACAUUCACACGCAUACGCAUCCGAAACAAACGCAACUGAGUGAGUGAAAAAGAAUCGAAUCAGAGUACGAGGCAAGUUACGCCAGCUGACAAUCUCCUUCCCUUGCCGGCCUUCCUCUCUGCUCAUCCCAUACCGGACUGUGCUGCUUUGGGAGACAGAGAUGAGGCAGCGAGAAACACGAGAGAUCAUGUUUGGACGAACGAGCGGUAUUCUGGCGGUCGGCUUCCUGGUGGCCGUAGUAUCAGCGGCGGCAGCUCAGGCAGGAGUGAACGUGGUAACGGACUCCGACGCCUUGCCUCCUCUCCCAACCCUGAAGCGGAGCAAGCGGUUCCUUCACCCUCACGCGCAUCUCACCACGCCGGAGUUAAUAAGGGCGCGCGGCUAUCCGGCGGAGGUGCACCAGGUGGUCACUGAAGACGGCUACAUUCUGGAGAUCCACCGAAUACCUCACGGUAAAGACCACGUCCCCGCCCCCGCCCCUUCGCCUGGUUACACUCAUCACAACCAUAUACACCAGCAACACCCCCACGAUAAAACGUUUGCUCAUGCGGCCCACGUACACAACGCUAUCCUCGGCCACGCCCCUCCCUCCCACGGCCGAGGAUUCCUGAACGACGGGCACAAGAGCAGGCACCUCAACUCGACCAAAAUAGCGGGUGGGGAUGUAGGACGGAAUGGGCGGCGCGUGGUGUUCCUCUUCCAUGGCAUCGUGUGUUCCAGUGCGGAUUACGUCAUGAACGACCCCGACCAGGCGCUGGGCUUCAUCAUGGCCGACGCAGGCUACGAUGUGUGGAUUGGCAACAUCCGGGGGAACUUCUACGGGAAGCGCCACGUCAAGAUGUCCCCCGAAAAUGCGGAUUUCUGGGACUUCAGCUGGAGUGAAGUCGCCCGCUAUGAUAUCCCUGCCAUGCUGGCGUACGUGAAGAAGACGAGCGGCUCGGCACAAGUCAGCUACGUGGGCCACUCCAUGGGUGCGUCCCUGCUCUUCGUCAGCCUUCACUACUUCCCCAUCAUGAACACCUGGCUCCACGGCGUGGCGUCCAUGGCGCCUGCCGCCUACAUGCACCACAAGGAGGGUCCCCUGCGAUACGUAGCGCCUUUCAUCGAGGAUAUAGACAGACAGAUGAAGGAGGCGGGCAAGUACGAGCUGCUGCCGUUGAAACCAGACCGACCCUUCCUGGCCCAGCUGUGCUCGCCGCUCUCCUUCCUCAGCCCCGUGUGUACCUUCAUCCACUUCCUCAUCGGCGGACCCAACAACAACUACAUCGAUCCGAACUACCUGCCCGUCAUCUAUGCCCACACACCUGCAGGCACCAACUUCCGCAUCCUCACCCAUCUAAUGCAAAUCGUUCGCUCAAAAAGGUUCCAAGCCUUCGAUUUCGGUGAACGGGAGAAUCUGGUCCGGUAUGGCAGCCCUAUACCCCCCCGGUACUCCCUGGCCAGCGUGAAGAUCCCCGUGGGCCUCUUCUGGUCUGACAAUGACUGGGUGGUGGAUCCCAAGGACGUGGCGAUGACUGCCUCUGAGCUACCGUGGGUCGCCCAUAACUACCGAGUCCCCCUUGCGGACUUCAACCACUUGGACUUCAUGUGGGCGGAGAACGCGGCUGAACUCGUGUACAAACCUGUCCUGGCGUUCUUGAAGCAAUGCGAGGAGCGAGAACAAGAACCGCAAACGCUGUACUGAUCACGCUUGAUGGGGAAUCAAAUCAAAGGAAGCUGUGUAUUUAGUGUGAUUUCUCGUCCCGUUACCGUGUCUGUGAUGUUAUAUUCAUUAAGGUUACACUUAAGGCGCUCCGCCAUACGCAGCAGUGAUGUGACAAGAACUAACGUGCUUGUAGUCAUGUUUUGAAGUCUCACGUCCUUUUGCAGGAAACUUAUUCACGAAAAAAAAAAAAAAAAUCUAUUGUCAGUUAUCACGCCGUGAGGUGGUGAGAUACAGUCCCACACGCGGUGAGAUACUAGUGUGGACCGGUGGACGGGAGUGACAAGAAUAAGGACCACUUGGAAGCUCGAGGGCGUGAGAUAAGCCUCAGCUUCACCUAUGAUGUGGUGGCGUAAGUGAAGCGCAGUUCUGUGGGUUGAAAAAAAAAAAAAAAGCACCAUAAGGACUAAAGGAUAUUGGGCAUUUGCGAAUUAUUAUUAUUAGUAUCAUCAUUAUUAUUAUUAUUACCAUUAUCACCGUCAUUGUUACUAUUAUUACUAUUUUGAUGUGUGUGUGUGUGUGUGUGUGUGUGUGUGUGUGUGUGUGCGCGUCAUUUUUCCAAGGUCGAGGAGAAAGUUCCUCUUUCUCUCUCUCUCUCUCUCUCUCUCUCUCUCUCUCUCUCUCUCUCUCUCUCUCUCUCUCUCUCUCUCUCUCUCUCUUCCUUCCCUAUAUUUUCCCAGUCUUUUCCAGCAUUACCCUUCACGACUGCCUCAUCUCCCUUCCGUGUAUGGCAAGGAUCACGACCGGUGUUACAUAGGGAAAGUUUGUUGCGUCAGUGCUCGUUCCUUCAAAAAUGAUUUGUAGGACAUAUUCUUGCUGAAGGAGAGAAAAGAACAUGCUCCUGUCGAAAUACCAACUCUCAAAAUAAUAGAACUUGAAAUUACUCUAUAAAGAAAUUGAUAAAUAUAAUCGUAUGCACUAGUGUUUCGGCACAUGAAAAAAAAAAAAUAAAGGAAAAAAUUACUUGGUGUAGGUUGCGAUGCAACAGUGUUUACAUUUCGAGAGCAGCAAUGUAACUACUACCAUGAUGUUCGCAACGCCACGAGCUGCUGUCACAACCCCUGUAAAGCUGCUGUGCUCAUGUGUCUAAGUAGCGAGGCAGCUUGAAGGAGAGUUUGAGUUCAGGGAGGACAGUGAUGAUGCCAAGUUCAGGUUUUGUGGCGGCAUUUUCCCGCUGCUCUGCCAUGCUGGAGAAUUCACCCUCGUGAAUCCCUGGCCUGUACUCUGGUGCUCAGUGAAAACUCCCUGGGAAAACCCUUUGUCUACCAGGAAACUUUCCCUUCAUGAAACCAGGCUUAGGGAGGCCUUCAAUUGGUCACGACGCGAAGUGCGAAUCUUAAGUGAGUGCUUCCUUGUAUUCACCGACAGGGAAGAUGUGAUGCAUGCACUGAUUCAUGCCGCCAGCCCUGCUCUGGUUGGUUUCUGUCUCUUACUAGAAAGACAGAAUGACUCCACCUUCCUUGAUCUUCCUGUUAAGACGCCAAAGACCACCACGCUAGGCCUGCAUUCGAGUCGGCCAUAUAGUACUCAUUCUUGUAGCACAACAGUGACUACUAACCAGCGUUGGCAAUGGCCUCUUUUUUUCCUUCCCCUACCGCCGCGACCCUUCACGCGGCCUACCUCACUCAGGGUUAUUAAAAUAGAUUAUUUAACUCAGUUCAAGGAAUCUUUAACUGUAUACUCGUAUCGUGCACGAGGCAUCAUGGCGACAGUGGAGUGUCGCGGCCCGGGAGCAGCAUGAGAGGGAAGGCUGUAUCAGAGCCAGUUGGUCCAUCUUCAUCUUUGAGGGAUUAGCCUUGUCCCGCUUCGCUGCUGCCGCGCCUCGCUGUGUCAACACGACAUGCGACUCAUAACAAGUGAAUUCAUCGCUACAGCGGCAACUGUCUUCAGUAAUGAAUAUUAAAAUAUAUUAUUGUAGAUCGUAUCUUAUUGUCAUCCAUAUCUCCAUACUUCCUAUGAUCACUUUAAUUAUAAAACAUGUAUUUGCACUCUACUAUGUAAUACAUACAAGACACUGAAGAACAAACUCUCCAUGAUGUGACAAAUAAGAUAAGAGUAUCAGCUUAACUUUUAUACAUAAUUUACAAUUGUACAUCAGUCACAACCACAACAAAGGUUACAAAACUCAGGAACAAA